UUCUCAAAUACAUACAGCUGCUUUUGCAUGACUGAGGUGGAGAAGUGAUUAACAUUUUUUGUGCAUUUAUUUCAUCCAAAUGACUUCAGAUAAUUAAACGAUUAGGACAAAAAGUGUUUGUUUUACAGUGUUUAAUUGUUUCUCUAAUUAUUUGCAAAGUAACAACCAUUAAAAAGCGUAAUACAGAUGGCUUCAGGAAGACCCAUUAAGUGCGUUGUUGUCGGCGAUGGAACGGUAGGCAAAACAUGCAUGCUUAUUUCGUACACAACGGAUAGCUUUCCCGGCGAAUACGUUCCCACGGUCUUCGACAACUACUCGGCGCCCAUGGUAGUGGACGGAGUACAAGUAUCACUCGGAUUAUGGGAUACCGCUGGGCAAGAAGACUACGACCGGUUACGGCCACUUUCCUAUCCACAAACUGAUGUAUUCCUCAUAUGCUUUAGCGUAGCGAGUCCAUCGUCAUUCGAAAACGUCACUUCCAAGUGGUACCCAGAAAUCAAACAUCACUGCCCGGAUGCACCAAUUAUCCUAGUUGGUACCAAAAUCGAUUUACGGGAAGACCGAGAAACGCUAAGCGCACUGGCCGAACAAGGUCUGUCCGCACUCAAGAGAGAGCAGGGACAAAAAUUGGCCAACAAGGUUCGCGCGGUGAAAUAUAUGGAGUGCUCCGCAUUGACGCAGCGUGGCCUCAAACAGGUAUUCGACGAAGCCGUACGAGCCGUUCUACGGCCGGAACCACUCAAACGACGUCAACGAAAGUGUGUUGUGAUGUAAGAAGUCUUCUGAGUAUCUCGUGCUCUACCGGAAUCUCUUGUACAUAGGAUUAAGUAAACCGAACAAAACAUGGUAGAGAUGCAGCUGAACAAUAAUCAAUCCUCGAAUGUUCAUUGGAUGGUUCAUGGAUGUUUUGGGAGAGAAUACGAAUGAUAAGUAUAUAUUCUAAGCAUUAGUUCUCAAUUAACCAAAAAUUAAGACAAAUGUUUCGCACAGUGCAAAUGAAAAAAAAAGAAUCAAUUUGUUGUCACACAUUUUUGUGCCAUUGUAACUUUCAAACACGUCACAAAAAUAGUGUAUGGGCGUAAGCGUACACUUUUUUUUAAAUGAAAUAUCUAUAUACCUCACUCAUCGAUAUGACCUGCAUAUUUUUUUAUUCUGAAAAUCGCUUCCAAAUUUUUGUAAGAUUUACACCAAUCAAAAACCUACGGCGUGAAUUUCAUUGCAAAUACCAACCAAAACAAACAUCCCUGCCAAGCUGCUAGCUAUUGCAUCGAACUUAUGAAGGCCUACGUUCAAAAGCAGAAUAUUUCCAUCGAGCGAUAUUUUGUCGCGAGAUUUCUAUGAUUAUAACUAUCAGUAGGAUAUAACAAUAACUAGCUGAACGAUUACACCUAAGAUCAAAAGAUAAAAGUUAAAAACUGUUGGAUAUUUUAGCGAAAACAUUUCAAAUAUGAGGGUUCAACACAUACUGAGACUAGUUCAAAUUCAGAUUUCAGUUCAACAAGAUCUGCCGUGAAAGGACUCCAACUACCGGAUUCUUUGUACUUCAUUGCUUUUCUGGGCAUAUUUUUUCGCGAAGAAUUUUUGUAAUAAAAUUGACGGAAGCUGAAUAUCUCUUGCGAUUUAUUUACUACUGGAUAGCUUGAAUUUCGAUAUUGUUAUUUCAUUUGAUUCGGUUACAAAUAAAACAGAAGGUAAAAUCUAGUCACUAGUGAACGUCUAAAACCGAUUUUUAAACCAAUGGCGUAUAUUAGGAGGACGAAAAAUUGAAACAAACAUUACAAUAAUACAACAUGAGAAGUCAAUUUCUGACGUAACGAACACUAAAUGUGACACCACCAGAAGCAAGCAGUGAUUUAGGUCUUUGAUCUAAUUUUUAUUCAUCACGAAAAAUUAAUCAUAGCGUAAUAGUUUAAUAAUUUGCAGCCGCGCAAUUUUUUAUCCUCACGAAUACCUAAAUCAAAACAGAUUGAUUUUCGUCAUAUCAUCAUAGGUUUAUAUAAAUGUGCACCGUAGUGUUACGAUACAUUUUCAAGUAUACAGAUGCAUUAAAGAUUAUUUGAAUACUACUUAGCUUUGGUUUCGGUUUAUUGCAACUUACCUGCUCGCAGAUUUGGCUAAUUUAGGCGUUAGAGCGUUGAGUGACAACACCAAAGCAAAUCGCUGCAGACAAUUACAGGACAAAAGCGCAAUCCUUCGAACGAAUAAAAAACAAAUAGUCAAGUUCUUUUCUGUUCCACUUAAAUAAGUAAGAUCUGUUUUAUUAGCCCUAAUUUACUUCAACUGACAUGACACAUGAAACAUUUGUACACUUAGGCUAUUAUCGCUAAACGAGUAGUAUGAUUUCUUUGGGUUUCUCAGCAUUUAUAAGUUUUCGUAUUUUUAUACAGCUAACUCUAAUUACCUUUUGAAUGAUUGUAGAACAUGACUAUGAAAUAUAUAUUUUUUCCUAAAGUAAA